AAAAAUGCCGCCGCAGAGCCUUCGAAUCGAUACGGCGCGCGUCACGUGCCGCCAAGCGCGACCAAUAGCCGCGCGAGGGCGCUGCGGGGCGCGGGGCCGCCGCGGGGGACGCGCCGCUCCCUCGCCAGUGCACGAGGAGCCACCGCGCGCGACGGACGUCAGUUCCGCUCUUCUCUCGUGUAGUCGAACACGAGUUUCUCCGAAAACCGGUCCGAUGAGAUGUCGUUAUAGUGCAGUGUCGCCGCGAUGAGCGCGUGGACGGAGGAAAUGUUGUCCUGGCGAGACGAGCGGCUCGGCCUAACGGAGUUGCCGAGCACGACGAGGAGAAAACAUAGGAGCGCGCCGUACAGACUGCAUCGGCCGCACUUGCCCGUGCCUUACGUGCCGGAGCCCGUUCCCGAACCGCAAGGGACGCACAUUUCGAGGUUGUACCCGGAGCUUCUAGCGCUUAUAUUUGAGAGGCUCCCUGUGCGGGACCGAGGCCGCGCCGCUCAAGUGUGUCGCGCGUGGAGGGACGCGGCUGACCGCCGGUCCGUGUGGCGAGGCGUCGAGGCCGCUUUGCAUCUUCGCAGACCUGCCCCUGUACUUUUCGCAUCUCUAGCCAGAAGAGGAGUCCGAAAACUACAAGUGCUGUCCCUUAGAAGAGGGCUGAGGGACGCAGUUGCGUCGCUUCCAGGCCUCGAAUCCCUUUCCCUAAGCGGUUGUUAUAGCGUAACAGAUGCCGCUUUAGCUAGUGCGUUCGCAGCGGAGCUUCCAGCUUUAAGAAGAUUAGACUUAUCCCUAUGUAAACAAGUAACAGACUCUUCCCUCGGGAGGAUAGCACAAUCGCUCAAAAAUUUGGAAGAGCUUGAACUAGGCGGUUGUUCAAAUGUUACGGACACGGGCCUGCUUUUAAUAGCCUGGGGAUUAAGAAAACUGCGGCGUCUGAACCUCAGAUCCUGUUGGCACGUGAACGAUGCGGGCAUAGCGCACCUGUGCGGCGGAGGAGAGGCGAGAGGCACGCCAGAACUUGAGCAUUUAGGACUACAAGACUGUCAGAGGCUGACCGACGAAGCUCUGAAACACACGGCCACCGGGCUUCCAAAACUGCAAUCGAUCAACCUCUCUUUCUGCGUCGCCGUCACCGACGCGGGACUCAGGCAUUUAGCGAGGCUUCCACUGUUAGAGGACGUGAAUUUAAGGGCGUGUGAUGGUGUGUCCGAUGUCGGUGUUGCGUAUUUGGCCGAGAGCGGACGCUUGACCGCACUGGAUGUGUCGUUUUGUGAUAAAGUCGGUGACGAGGCGCUGUCCCACGCGACGCUGGGGCUGUCGGGGCUGCGCUCGUUAUCGCUCAGCGCCUGCCGGCUGACGGACGAGGGCCUCGAGCGGGUCGCGAGGCUAUCGCAGCUCGAGACGCUGAAUAUAGGCCAAUGCACUAAGGUGACGGACCGAGGGCUGCACGCGCUGAGCGACGGCCUGCGCAACCUGAAGGCGAUAGAUCUCUACGGCUGUACGUGUAUCACGCCGCAAGGCUUGAAAGACAUCAUGAAGUUGCCUCGGCUUAGUGUACUUAACCUCGGUCUCUGGCAUGUGCGGUGACCACACACACACAGUGUCUGAACGUUCGUUAGUGUGAGUGCGGCGCCAUGUUGAAGUGAAGGAGCCGCCAAGGUUGUGCGCCGGACAGUGAAUGAAAUUAACCAACUUUAAGUUUAACGAAUUAUUUAGGAAGUGGGGCAGUUUUCGUUGUUGUUGACGUUGUUUACUUGGUGCAGGAAGACGCCCCAACGCCUAGUCGACUCGGACCUUUUUGAACGUAACGUUUCGUAUUUACUAUGUAAAUUUAGUCCGCUUAUGCAAUAUAGUUUCGGAAUCCAGUUUUUGUUGACUUUCUCUUUAAAAAGGUCUGAUUCUUAAUGUAAGUAAUUGCUCCAUUAGCUAGAUAGAUAUUUAGGCAUUCUUCAAAUUAAUUGUCGCGGGUCGAUCUCACGGGUAGGCAUUGUUGCAUUUUCUCAUUUUGAAGUUUUGGGGGUCGUUAGCGAAUGACUCACUCAUUGACGUUAUUUCUUACUUGUUGUUAUACUUUGGUUGAUUUGUUUGGCCUUGAACAAGCUUCAAACCUAAUUAUAUACAAGUUGUUUAGUUGAGAACAAAGUAAGGUAGUUGUUUUCAAGGAGAACUUGAAAUGAUCAAGGAUUCUGCGGAUUACCUGUUGAAUCAGUUUUUUACUAGUACUAUUUACCUGGCUAAAACGUUAUUAUCAUGCUUUACUUAUCUAAAGUAUCUUUACAACAAAGGUAUCGUUUUAUCUUCCUUCGUGCACUAUGCAUAUCUCAAUGUACUUUAUAACAUUGAAUUCAAUGAAUUCGUGACAAAUACUACAUCCUUUUCUUGACAAUAACAACGUUUAGAACAAAGACAUUUGGAAAUACUAAACGGGACGCUGGCAUGUAAACUUAACUUGGACAUAUUUUAAAAGUGACGUUACGUGUUACGUCAUAAGUACAAGAGGUAGUUUUACACAUAAAUAUGUAGAUACAUUUUUACACAAGCUGCAAAAUUACCAUUCCUAACGACAUUUUGCGCCCAUGAAAUAAGAGAAAAGUCGCACGCCGUAAGUUAUUUUCGUUUUUACAGCUACUUUGCUCGGUUACCAUGGCAACGCGGCUUGUGGCUUUUACGACAUGGGGUCGUAUUAUUUGGGUACUGUUCAGUAGCUCCACAGAACUGGCACUUUUGUCGUACAUAUGAUUGUUGUAUGAACACAAUUUCUUUAGGAUUUUACGUUCUAUGGAGCAAAUGAAAAGUAACAGAUUUUUCGAUUUGUUGCAAUGUCUAUAAGAAAGUCACUAAAUAGCUUCAAAUGUAUUAAAAUGUCACUAAAUAUGAAGUCCAGUUUCUAAUGAUGGAUGUGUAAAAUUGAUUGAAUUCAUUUGCUUAAUAGUUAAAUAUUAACUAAUAACACUAACAAAGCAAACUUUCGCUAAUAAGAUAGUUACUUAAAUACCUGAUGUGACCAAUACAUUAUGUCGAAAGUGUCGAAACUAUCGACAAAUACAGAUAAAAGUAGAAAUUUACUAUAUAACUAGCACACGACACAUCUGAACUUCUUUACUUUCGUUCACUUCAAGAAAUAUAUCGUCACUACUUUAAAAAAAUCUCGUAUCUCACGCUGUUUCUCAAAGUUAAAACGCAGUAAGUCUAUAUGCAUUCCAUACAUACUUACUACGAUUUUUUUUUCAUUGACAGACGAAGAUACAAGUUUUUUUAAAAGUAGUGACGAUAUGUAUAUUUUCACUCUGUACGUAUUAUAAGAACAGUUUUGUAUGAAUUUAGAUUAUUUAACUGAAGUGUAUUCUAAAUCACAACUACUGAUAUAAAUGGGAAUUCAUUAGGAAUAUUUGCGUUAUAACUGCUUACUUUUGUGCUUAUGUUUGGCAAGAGUGAAGGGUAAACACUAAGUAUAACCUAAAAAGGGGACAAGUAUUGAUUAUAUUGUUUAUUAGUAAAUUUUACUUGUCAAACUGUAUUUCUUUACAAAAAUUGUAUAUUU